UUCUAUCAUGUGACGAACGUCAGCUGACCAGCAAGCGGAGGGCGGAAGCAGAGGAAAACAUGGUGGUGUUACUGAGCAGGCUGCCUGCCACAGAGUGUAUUAAGUUUUGUCACAGGGUGGUGGAUGGCCUGUGUGGCAGGGAGCCCCCCCGCAGGUCAGAGCACAGCACCACCUGGAGCCCGGAGGAGUGGCUGCAGCUGCUGGACUCCCUGAGCGCCUUCUACCGCCGGGCAGUGGGCAGCGACAGCUCCGAGAAGGAGGUGCUGGGGGGGCUGGCAGAUGUUGGCAGCAGCCAUGCUGAGGCGGUGCUGAGCGUGCUGAGGGCCAGACGGGAGGAGAUCCACCACGCUCUGCUGGACAGAACCAACUCCAUCUCCUCCGCCACGCUGCAGGACUUCGACUGGCAACUCAAGCUGUCCCUCUCCAGUGAUAAGAUCUCGUCCCUGCACACCCCUCUGCUCAGCCUCAGUCUGGAUGUGAGGGAGGACGCAGCCCUGCGCUCCGUCACCAUGGAGAUGAACCGAGAGGAGUUAAACACACUCAUCAGUUCCCUAGAGGCCGCCAACAAGGUAAUCUUAUGAAUCAAUAUGAUGAUAAGGAUUUUUCAAUUA